CCCUAAAGUUGCAUUUCCCCGACGAGCACAGCCUAAGAUGGUCACGAGAACAAAGAAAAUAUUUGUAGGUGGAUUAUCGGCUAACACAGUAGUGGAAGACGUAAAGCAAUACUUUGAACAGUUCGGCAAGGUAGAGGACGCCAUGCUUAUGUUCGACAAGACGACCAACAGGCAUAGAGGAUUUGGCUUCGUAACUUUUGAAAAUGAAGACGUGGUGGAAAAAGUCUGUGAAAUCCAUUUCCACGAAAUCAAUAAUAAAAUGGUAGAAUGUAAGAAAGCACAACCUAAAGAAGUGAUGUUUCCACCAGGGACGAGAGGAAGGGCACGUGGAUUACCGUAUACCAUGGACGCUUUUAUGCUAGGGAUGGGAAUGUUGGGUUACCCAAAUUUUGUUGCAACGUAUGGCCGAGGAUAUCCUGGAUUUGCCCCCAGUUACAGCUACCAGUUCCCAGACUAUUUGCCGAUUUCACAAGACAUAAUUUUUAUCAACUAGUUCUUAAAGA